GGCUGUUUGUCGGUUUGUCUAGAACUUGGCUCUACAUGAUGAUUGGCACGAUGACUUAUUCAGGAGGACUUAGACGUCAUCAACCUCGGAUGCGAUCCUCUUUGCACGGCCUACGUACAUACCUACGAGGUCGACGCCUGUGAACCUCCUCGAGCCGAUGCCUCCGGUCAUAACGGCAGCGUGACCGAAGUGUGACCGACGCGACGCGGGAUCGUCGGCGCCUACGCGAUCGACUUGCGCGAACUUGGCUGGCUCCUGCCAUAUCCCCGCCCAUCGUCUACCACGACUCGUACUUCCUCCUCGACACCCUCAUCAAUCAUGUAUGGUAGCAGCGAUAUUGAAUAUGAGGACUCGGACCUCGAAGUCGCCGCGGUCCUGCAGUUAUCGCGCGACGAGUACCGACGCUCGCGCGUCUCGUCGAGCACGACCGCAGGUCCGUCUAACUCGGGCCCGUCGCGCGUGUCUUCGUUGCCGUUCUCGCCGCAGACGUUCUCCGCGCCCCUUCGCAGACCCGAAACACACGCUGAACACCAGAUUGCGGACAUUGACGCGGAAAUCACGGAGAUUGACGAGCGUGUAGCUAGGGAGCAAGCCCGCCGCGUGGAACUUGUGCGGCUCAGGCGCGAGCUGCUCGCAGUGCAGCAGCGACAGGAAGGCUCCGAGUCCGCAGCGUCGGUGCCCGACAAGGGCAAGGGCAAGGGCGUCGCUCCGCGCGUCGUGGAUUAUGCGGCAGGCGAGUUCGCGUGGUCGCGUAGGCUGAAAGCGAGGAUGCGGGCUAUCUUCAAGAUCCAGAACUAUCGCCUCUGUCAAGAGAGUGUUUGCAACGCAAACUUGGAUGGCCGUGACAUUGUAUGUGUGAUGCCGACGGGUGGAGGCAAAUCGCUCACGUACCAACUUCCGGCCCUCGAGUCCCCAGGUUGCACGUUUGUCAUCUCGCCCCUCAUAGCGCUGAUGACAGACCAAAUUCUGCAUCUUCAUGAGGCUGGUGUGAAUGCUGUCAUGUUGACUAGCCUGACAUCAAGACAAGAACAAUCUACCAUCAGGCAACAUCUUAUAACUAUGGCAUCUGAUAGGUGUAUACCUGAAAAAGAAAUAAAACUUUGUUAUUUGACACCUGAGAAGCUUUCAAACAACAAGGAUCUUGUUGCUGUUAUAGCCAAAUUGUAUACUGCAAGAAAACUUGCCCGCUUUGUGAUUGAUGAGGCACAUUGUGUCUCAGAGAUGGGACAUGACUAUAGACAUGACUACCAGAGGCUUGGGCUUCUUCGAGAGCUGUUCCCAACAGUACCAAUCCUUGCCCUCUCUGCAACAUGUCCACCCCCGGUGUUGAAGAAUCUCAUGCAAGUCCUGAAGCUGAGGCAGCCUUUACUGAAGGGGCCAGAUGUAGAAGGGGAGGGGACUGUAUACUUUUCUUCACCACUUUACAGAAGCAAUCUGCAUUAUUCAAUUCUGUCAAAGCCAGCCCAUUUCACUGACACAAUACAUGUGCUCAGGGAAUGGAUCAGCAGUCAUCAUCCCAAUGACUCUGGGAUUAUUUAUUGUCUAACCAAGAAGGAUGUAGCCAGUGUUGCAGCUGAGCUUGAAUCAGAGAGUGGGCAAGACAUCAAGACUGGCAUUUACCAUGCCGACUUGUCUCCAGAGGAGAGGAGUAAUGUUUAUGGGAAAUGGAGGGAGGGAAAGGUGAGAGUGAUCUGUGCAACAAUAGCAUUUGGCUUGGGCAUUGACAAGGCCAAUGUGCGCUUUGUUAUCCAUCACUCAUUACCGAGGUCUGUAGAAAGCUUCUACCAGGAGUCUGGUCGUGCUGGUCGUGAUGGGAAGAAUGCAGACUGUGUCCUAUACUAUCGGCCACAAGAUGCAACAAACAUUGCCAGGCUGAUCACAAACCAGCCCUGGAUGUCUUUGGACAAGUUACAUGAGAUGCUGAGAUUUGUGCAAGACAUGCAGACCUGUCGCAAGAUCUUAUUUGCAAAGUACUUCUCAACAGCUGCCCAACUCUCAGUGGAAGACUGGGCUGCAGAGGAUGCAGCAGCUCGCUGCAACCACUGUGACAACUGUCUCUGUGCACCCAGUGCAGUUAGGCAGCUGGAUGUCAGGCUUCCUGCCUGGCAAAUCUUGAAGAUUGUGGAGGCCGUCAAGUCGCAUGGAGACAGGCGCACGCUGGCUCAGUAUACAGAACUUGUGCGGCAAUCAAAAUCCCCCAUCAGCAGCCGCAAUGCAAAUAAGGGUAGUAACCAACUCGACUUGAAGUCAUUGGUGGGUGGCAAAGUGGAGCUUUGCAAGGAGGAUACAGCAAUGUUACUGAUUCAUCUCAUCGUCAAUGGAUACCUCAAGUGGGAGUUCGUGCCCACCACGAAGACAACCAAUGUCUACCUCACUCCUAGCGACAUCACGCACACGUUCACAAGCUGGUCACGCACUGACAUUGAAGGCCGAGGUAAAGGACCGGCGAUGGAGAUGGCCUUCCCAACCAGAGGGACGUCGAAACCAGCAGCCAAGAAGUCCAACAAGACUGCGCGGAAAUCUACGGCAAGUUCGAAGCGCAAGAGACGCACCAAGAGCAAGCCGGAUGAGUUGGAUGAUGAAAAGGACGACGUACUAGACGAUGGAAACGAGUACACCGCCGAGCGACAAGGAAGACGGGGCGAGAGCAGUAACGCGCCGAUCGUGCUGGAACCAGACGUCGAGGCUGAUGUUGAAGACUCGGAUGACAGUGGUGGUGAUGCAUGGUCUUAUUCCAUGCGAGACGAUGGACCGGCCCCGAGGAAGAGACACCAGCCGUAUGUGGGGAAUCGCCAGCGACCGCGAACGAGACGUACCUCUAUACUUGAUGACGAGGAUGUAAUUUCCAUAGACUCCGAUUGACGAACGACGAGGAACGUCACGGUGGAAUGGUAUCAGAUUUAUG